AUGGCGCCAAGUCCGACUGCCGUCGGGAGCCUUCUGGGGCAGGUGGUUCAUUAUCACCUCGACAACGGCUCAUACGACAAUGCACUCUUCUUUGCCGAACGAUACGCAGCGCAAGAUUCUCGAUCAAGUGAAGCCGCCUACCUCCUGUCACUAUGUCAUCUCCGACUUGGCGACCACCGAUCCGCCUACGACGUCAGCAAGCCGGCGGGAUAUCGCGGCGUAAACUUGGGCUGCAUUUGGGUCUUUGCCCAAGCCUGCUUGGCGCUAGAGCGAUUCAAGGACGGCAUCACAGCUUUGGAUAAGGCUAAAAGCUUGUGGUCGCAGAAAAGCACCAUGGGCAAGCACAGCGCGACCACUCGAUCUGCGUAUCCCGACGCUCCUGCGGUUCUUUGCCUGCUGGGGAAACUUUACCGCGGCUACGACGAUAAAAAGAGAGCCGUGAGCUCUUUCGAGGAGGCGUUGAAGCUGAACGCCUUCCAAUGGGACGCCUUCAAGGCUUUAUGCGACAUGGGCGUCAAGAUCCGAGUGCCCAACAUCUUCAAAGCCAGCGACAGCCUAUUACAGAACCUCGGCCAGGACUUGACUACGUUGCCUGCUCCGAAAAAAUCAUCUAUGAGAUCUAUGGCAUCUGACACGACCGCUGAUCCGUUCGGCGUCAGCUUUUCCGCCGGAGAUAUGACGCCCAUGUCUGAGAACAUGUUGGAACCACCCCAUGCGCCCACAAGGAGGACCCGAAACGUCCAGCACAUGGACCAGACGCUCGAGGCACCGCCACGAAUGAACUAUCGAAUGGGAUCGAAACGAAACGCUGCCCCGCGGGAGAAGAGCAACAGCCAAGAGCAGCCGAUGGAGCCCAUCUCAGAUGCCCCCAGCGCUCCUACCGGCAACUCGCGAUCCAGCGUCAUUUCGACAACUGAUAGGAAACGAACGCUCGCCGGCCAUCCGGUAUCACGAUCAACCAACAACGAGGAGCAUGCAACCAGACGAAGUGCCCGAUUGAUAAAGCCGUCGGCCAACAAGACGAACUUGGCAACACCAGCUCCUACAGGGCCCCCUGCUGGACGAGAGUUGAAAAAGGCUAGACCCCCGGUCUCUCGAAUCGUUCGGCCGGGUUCUAGUGGCUCCAACAACGUCGGGAAGGUUAUUAGCGGGAACCGAAACAGGCUGGAAGACCACACCGGUGACGGAGAAUACGGAGAGAUGGGCAAGGCUCAGGAGGCCCCGCCUCAUCCGGUCCCCAAGAUUGCAGAGCCUGAUACGGCAAGGCUCGAAGAGGCUUUGAGAUGGGUAAUGGAUCUGAUGAAGAAGCUGGGAAGCGGGUACUAUUUCCUGUCCCAGUUCCAAUGCCAAGAGGCUGUACAGGCGUUGAGUGCAUUACCUGCAGUUCAUCAAAGCUCGCCCUGGGUUCUGGCGCUGAUGGGACGUGCUCACUACGAGCAGGCAUCAUACGCCGAGGCCGAGAAGUACUUCCGGAGAAUGCGAGCUCAGGCUCCGUCACGGCUGGAAGAUAUGGAGGUAUAUUCUACCAUUCUCUGGCACCUGAAGCGGGAGACGGAGCUCUCCUUCUUGGCUCACGAGCUCGUGGAUGCCUCAUGGCACUCCCCUCAGGCGUGGUGUGCCUUGGGCAACGCCUGGUCUCUUGCACGAGACCCUGAACAGGCCCUCAAGUGCUUCAAGAGGGCUACGCAGCUGGAUCCAAAGUUUGCAUACGGCUUCACGCUGCAGGGACACGAGCAUGUAACCAACGAAGAAUACGACAAGGCCCUCACGACCUAUCGCCAGGCGAUAUCGGCAGACAAGAGACAUUACAACGCUUACUACGGCAUCGGGAGAGUCCAACAGCGCCUGGGCGCUUACGACAAGGCGCUCACGCACUUCCAGGCCGCCCAUCUCAUCAACCCCAACAACGCAGUUCUAGUGACGUGUAUUGGAACGGCACUUGAGAAGCAAAAGCAAAUCUUACCCGCCCUGCGUGCCUACUGCAAGGCUGUUGAGCUUGCCCCUCGCGCUGCUUCGACACGGUACAAGAAAGCACGAGCUCUCCUUGCGGUUGGGCAGAUUGAGGAAGCACAGAAGGAGCUUGUUAUCCUCAAGGAUCUAGCUCCCGACGAAGGCACAGUGCACUUUCUUCUUGCGACGCUGUACAGGAGUAUGAAUGAGAAGCAGGAGGCGGUCCGCCACUUUACUAUUGCUUUGGCAUUGGAUCCAAAGGCUGGUCCGCAGAUUAAGGAGGCGAUUGAGAGUUUUGAGGACGAUAUACCAAUGGACGACUCACUGAUUUGA